AGAAGAAAAAGGAAGAAACUUCAGAAAAUAACAAGAACAAGGAACCAAGUCAAGAGGAGAAAGAGGAAGUAGUUGUGCCUUUGAAACCAGUUGUUACAGAUACUAAAUCUGCUGUCAGGACUACAGACAAAAAUGAACAAGCACCAAAAGUGAUUGUUGAAAAUGGUAAGGCCGAGACUGAUCCGUCAGAUCGCGGGAAUUUAUUGUCCGUGACGACCAGUGAUCAGGAAGAGAAUGGUUCAUCGGGUAAGGUGUCACGGAAGAUAUCGACUACCUUGCAGAAUGUGAAAAAAUUGGAAGAGCGCAAGGUAGAACUUCAGGAAGUGAAAGAGAAAGAGGAGGAGGAGAAAAAGAAGUUGCAAGAGGACAAGGAAAUCUUGAACAAUAGCGGUGCUGUUCAGUCUAUGCAUAAACAGUUACAACAGCAACAGGAAAAAUCUGAGGAUCAGAAGGAGAAGACAGGACCACGUGGGGAUGUUAGUGGGAAGAUCAGUCAAGCCAUUGAGGGUAUCAAGGUCAGUAAUGUCGCUCCUAAGGCACCGGAACCUGUAGCGCCCAAGGAGGAUGAAAGCAAGAAGGAAGAGGAAGCUUGGGAGGAGGUUCUGAAGCUUAACGAUCGCGAGCUGCGGGUUAACAAAUGGGACUUCACCGAUCUGUGUCGGGAUGAUGACAAAGAUGUCCUUAAGCCGAUCCCGUUGAUGAUGGGUAUUGUACCUCACAUGACUGCUGCUGAUGGGGCACCACCACCACCACCUGUUCCUGGUCUAGGUGGACCCCCUCCACCACCCCCUGUCCCUGGUGCUCCACCUCCACCUCCCGCCAUUGGGGGGCCAGGGGCACCUCCACCACCACCACCAGUCAUCGACAGCAACACCUUCCCCAAAUCAAAGAAGAAGAAGACCGUCCGCCUCUUCUGGAAAGAGACCCAGCCAGAAACUAUGACUUUGGGAAGGAACGGUAUCAAAUCCACCAUUUGGACCCAGCUGGAUGAUGUCAACCUCGACAGUAAAAAGCUAGAACAUCUCUUUGAGUACAGAGGAAAGGAUCUUAUUACAAAGGAUCAUCAGAAAGCGAUGGAGGCAAACAAGAAGAACUUCAUCACGGUGCUAGAUCCUAAGAAAUCCAACGCAAUCAACAUCGGACUAACUGUACUCCCACAACCAAGGUCCAUCAAACAAGCUAUCUUGAAUAUGGAUAGCAUGGUGAUGAACAAAGAGGGUGUGGAGAAACUGUUGAGUAUGGUACCAUCAGAAGAAGAGGUUGCUAGGAUACAGGAAGCCAUGUUAGCAAACCCUGAUGUGCCUUUAGGAUCAGCUGAGCAGUUCCUUCACAUGUUAUCGACCAUCAGUGGUUUGGAAGCGAGACUCAAUCUAUGGCUCUUCAAAAUGGACUAUGAUAACAUGGAAGAGGAAGUUGCAGAACCAAUGGCUGACCUGAAGAAAGGCAUUGAAGACCUGAGAGAAUCCAAAACUUUCAAGAAGAUCUUAUCAACGUUGCUUGCCAUAGGAAACUUCUUGAACGGUGGAAGAGCUGCUGGUUUCAACCUAGAGUACUUGAGUAAGGUUCCAGAAGUCAAAGACACAGUCCACAAGCAAUCGCUCCUUCAUCAUCUUUGUGCAACGGUCAUGGAACAGUUCCCUGAUAGCUCGGACUUCUUCUCAGAGGUUGGAACUAUCUCAAGAUGUGCAAAGGUUGACUUUGACCAACUAACAAUCAAUCUUGCCAAGUUAGAAGAACAGUGUAAGGUGUCUUGGGACCAUCUUCAAGUCAUUUCACAACAUGAGAAAACAUCACAGAAUAAAAACAAGUUACAUGAUUUUCUACAAGAUUGUGCCAAGAGAAUAAUAGUACUCAAGAUAGUUCACAGAAGAGUCAGCAAUAGAUUUAACAAGUUCUUAUUGUACCUGGGUAUGAGUACGAGUGCAGCCAGGGAGGUCAAGAUUAGUGACUUCUGUCGUAUUAUCAGUGAGUUUGCUUUGGAGUACCGUAGCGCUAGGGAACGCAUCAUAGAACAAGAGAAGAAGAAAGCCAACCACCGGAAGAGGAAUAAGACAAGGGGCAAGAUGAUCACAGAGAACUUUUCAAUCAGUAAAGACAGUGCAGAGGAUGCCAAGUUAAAGGAACUACUUAGCACCCAGCAAGGAACAGCGCCGGGCGAUGAGACGUUACAGAGCAGACAACGAGCUAGACCUUCAAUGAGCGGCCGUCUGAACAUGAGCAUGACGGCCGAUGAAGAAGUGGCCGAUGAACAAACUGAUGAAAUGAUCCAAAUUCUUGUCAACACAGCCAAAAAUACCAGCUCACGAUCUGCCCCGCGAGAGCGUAAACGCACUCGCAACACCAACCGGAAAUCUCUCAGGAGAACACUGAAGAGUGGAUUGACGGACGCGGAGAGACAAGCACUGGGUCUCUUACAUGCCAAGUCCUCGGAAGUCCAUGUAUGAUGACCAACUGCCUCUGUCCCUAUGCUAAGGACCGGUAUACCCCCUUCUAUCCAUCACCAAUAGCACAUUGCAUCAUUGGAGAAAGACCAGGAGAGGAUGAUCAAAGAAUGCUCGUUUGACUUUGAGAUGAAGUUGUUGAGUGCAUUAUAGGUCACACGCACCAGAUUCUUCAUGUUUCCAUUAUCAUAUUCUCAAUGUCUGUUCGGGCCAGAAGGCUGUUAACCAGUCACCUUAUGUAACUGUGUGGUCCCUGUGCAAAGUCUGUGGAAAUUACAGAAUUCCAGUGUGGUAGGGUUAAAAUCUCAGCUGUGCCAAGAAGUGUUAACCCUUUGAAUACUGGGCUCUGUGAAUAUGUCUUUAUCCCGGGAUCAUAGAGUAUGGAUUAAAAUCCCUUCAGGUUCAAUGAGGAUAAUCUUGUUGCAACGACUCUCAGAAUCCUGAAAGUGAGGACAUGAAAUGAUUGAAAUGCACCGCAGGAUUCCCUUGGGUGACUCAAGUUUGGUGUUGGGUGUCAGUGUUUAAGAACGUGAAUCAAGGUUGUGAACGACACUGACUGUGAGUCUGCAAGACUGAUACCAACCGUAUCAUUGAGACCCGAACACCUAGUGACAUUGAUCCAAACUCAUCCCAAGCUUGGUGUUACGCUUGGUUAUUUCUGUAACACCUUCUAACACCAACCUCCAACUUUUAACACUAAACUUUAAAACACCCAGUGGAUAUUUCUUGUGCAUCUCAAAUAUUUGUGUUAUGCUACCCAUUUGGUAAUGGGACUCCUACUCAUGACAGUAACAUUUAACUUAUCCUUUGAUGAAUUUAAGUAUUCACAAGUUGUGCUCAAUUAAUUAUUGCAAAGCUUUAUCCUUUGUCAAAGCUUUGCUGUGAACAUAUGAUGAUAAAUAGUUUUCUAUAAAUGUCCUUUUAUUAGAAAAUAAUUGUUAUAUUGAGCUCUUUUUUAAAUCUGAAUAAACCGUUUCUCUGCUUGGAGAACAACAAACGUGGCCUUUGAAGCAAUCUCUAUCAGUAUUUUCUUGAUGAGGGUAAGUCAUAAUGUGAAACUGUGUGAUUUGAUAUGAAGGGGGAUAUCAUGAUAUUGUGGCAUUAUAGAUACUGAAAUUGUCUAAUGCAAUCAUGUGAUUUGAUUAAGAGGAUAAUGGAUCAAAUGGCGUUGAUAAUCAAUACGUUGUUACCAGCUGAGAAA